AUGAAUACAGAUCUAGGCUCAGGGGAAAAGUCUCCACCAGCAGACGUGGAACCUGCGCGUCAACCAGCACUCUUACCAGACGAGGGAUCUGAAGACUCGGAAAGCGACAAGUAUCUUCAUGGAAUGCCUCUGAUUCUCAUGGCCCUAUCUUUGAUGAUUGGUGUCUUGACAGUUGCCUUGGAUAACAGCAUCAUCUCUACUGCUAUCCCAAAGAUGACAAGCGAGUUUAACAGUCUCAGCGACGUCCGACUUUACUGUGGUUCCAUGAUCAUCAUAACGCAAAUCGUGGAGAUGCGAAAACGACCGCUGUUUCUCGGUAUUAUCACACUCGGCGGCCUGACGGGGGCAAUCAUCUGCUUCUACUACCCGUCCACGCUUGGAGGGGCUGUCAACAAGGACCGCCCACUGAAGCAAAAGAUUUUGGGUCUAGGCCUCAAGAGCGCUGUCAUUCUCACGGCGACUCUGGUAUGCUUAUUCCUCGCUCUUCAAUGGGGUGGCACCGUCUAUCCCUGGCGAGACUCUCGCGUCUGGGGCUGCCUCCUCGGGUUUGGGUUCCUCUUAAUAUUGUUCAGCUACAUACAAGUCCGGCAAAAGGAAGAUGCCUUGAUUCCUCUCCGUAUUCUAUCUCAGCGAUCUGUCUUACUGGGCUGUCUCUUUUCCUGCUUGCUCCAAGGCGCAAUGAUGACACAAGCUUACCACUUGCCCUUCUACUUUCAAGCUGUAAAGGGCGACGACCCUCAAGAAUCCGGUAUCAAUAUUCUCCCUCACGGUGUCACAGUCUCCAUCGCCACGCUGAUCAGCGGUACCGCUAUGACCCUUUCAGGCUACUACGUGCCAUUUAUGUGGUUCGGUGCAGCUCUCUUUACCACCGGCGGGGGUCUUUUAUACACACUGUCCCAAUCAAGUCCAAUUGGGCGUUGGUUCGGAUUUCAGCUCAUGGCUGGUGCUGGCUAUGGAACGACAGUGCAGAUUCCGAUAUUCGCCAUCCAGGUCGUGCUCAGCACCGCCGAUAUCCCUCUGGGAACAACCAUGGUCAUAAUUGCACAGAGUUUCGGAGGAGCAGUUGGUCUUGCCAUCGCCCAGAAUGUUUUCCAGAACUAUCUGAGCCAGGAGCUCAAUAAGAUCCAAGGCAUAGAUGUGGCAGCCGUUGUGGCAGCUGGAGGAGUAGAGCUUGAGAAGGUUGUGCGGAGCGGCUCACUUGCUAUGGUCAGGAACGCUUUCCAGGUGGCUAUUGCCAAUGCAUUCCUCGUUGCUGUUGGUCUCGGAGGUGUUGCGUUCUUGGUCAGUCUUGGCAUGGAGAGGAAGCGGAUCAACAAGUCGAAGAGUAACUAA